AUGCCUCCCACGUGCAUUCAAGCCAUCAAGAUCGACGGCAUGGAGGUCGAAAGUGUCCCCGUCUACAGCGAGACCGACACCAACGACCUCUUCCGCCGCCUCGAAUCACUCCAAUCCUCCCCUUCCUCCUCUUCGCCUUCUCCCCUCGUCCUCCCCAUCACCAAGAUCGAGUCCUACCCCAGUCCCAUGUCACAUCAGGACGAAUCAGGCGUGGAGUUCCCCCGUCGCGUCGAAGCCCACGAGCUAGCCUCCGCCAUCGUAACGUCCUUCUUCCACGCCAUCACGACGCGCCACGAGGACGUGGUCCGCGAUUUCGUCUCCCGCGGCCUCGUCUCCCCGGACGUGACGACCUUGGCGGGCGAAACCCCUCUCCUAGCCGCCGUGCGCGCCGGCGACGGCACCACGCUGCGCGCCCUCGUCGCCCUAGGCGCCACAGUCGACGGCUACGGCACGGUGCCGUCGUCGUCGUCGUCGUCGUUGUUGUCGUCGCCGCUGCCGCCGCAGUACGGCCGGCGCAGGACGCCGCUGCAACUCGCCGCCGCCCUGGGGCGGCUCCCGCUCGUGAAGCAGCUGCGCGAGGAACACGGGGCGGACGACGCGCUCAUCGCCGCCGACGGAGAGCUGGCGCUGCGUCUGGCGGCGAGGAACGGCCACAGGGACGUCGUGGCGUAUCUGCCGCUGAGGCGCGGCGGGGCGUGGAAGCGGUGGAAGACGGCGCACGAGGCGGAGAUGCGGCGGAUCCGGAGCGUGGCGAGGGGGAUUGUGGCCGUGUUGCGGUUCGUUUUGUGGACUGUGCCCCGGGCGGUGGUGUGGUCUUUUCCCAAAUAUGUGUGGGAAGAGCGGCACUACGUGACGAAGUGGUGUGCGCGACAGGCGAGGGCUUUCCCGGGCCGCGUGAAACGUGUCGCGAAAGCCCUUCCCGGGGCGUCGGCUAGGCUGGGGCGGGCGACCUGGCGUGCGGUGAAGCGUGUGGUGAAAGCCACUCCCAAGGUGGCAAAGGCUGUUCUCUCUUGGAUCUGGGAUGGGAUCAAGGCCGUCGGCGGUGCUGUGGCCGAGGUGGUGAAGAGGAUUGUUGCCGUGCUGCACACUGCCCUUGUCGCUGUGUUCGAGUUCUUCCGGACGAUCACGUUGCAGGAUGUGAUUAACGGGUGCAAGGCGGUGGGGCAAGCCGUGUUUGCCUUGUUUUCUCGUGUGGUGGUGGGCUCUGUUGUGUGGACAGGGAAGGUGGUAUACGAGGUUCUGAAGACGCUGUUUGGAUGUGCUGUGAUGGCGGUUUGGCUUCCUGUGUACUUUGUGUGGUUGCUUCUGACAUGGCCGCCGAGGCAGAUUUGGAAGAUCCUGGAGGCCGCUGGGAGAUCCGAAGAGGAUGUCGCAAAGGGCGGAAGGAGAGUCGGGCAGUUGAUUCCUUUCGGUAUCGGGAGACCCCCGGUCCGGUGGGAAUGA